CGCAUGCGUGGCUCCAGGAGCGCGCAGCGCGGCGACCGGCGGUGUGCUGUGUCCCUUGGACACAGUGGAUCACUGAUCAACGGAAAGAGCAGAUGUCGGCUCGGUCAUGUGAUCAGCUGUGUCCAAUCACAGCUGAUCAAUGAUGAUCAGUGUGCCCUGAUGAUCAGUGUAGCCCCAGCAGUGCCACCUGUCAGUGUCCAUCAGUGCCAACUGGCAGUACUCAUCCAUGCCACCUGCCAGUGCCCAUCAGUUCCACAUGUCCGUGCCCAUCUGAGCUGCCUUUCAGUGUCACCCAUCAGUGCCACCUAUCAGUGCUGCCAAUCAGUACCACCUAUCAAUGCUGCCAAUCAGUGCCCGUCAUUGCUGCCUAUCAGUGCCCGUCAGUGCCACCUAAUAGUGCCAGUCAGUGCCCGUCAG